CAGAGUUCUACCUUGUAAAUACUGUUAUUUGUAUAUACUGUAAAUGAUGACAUCGGUGGGCACUAACCGAGCCCGGGGGAACUGGGAGCAGACACAGACACAGAGCCAGACACAGCACAAGCAGCGGCCGCAGGCCACUGCAGAACAGAUUCGACUUGCACAGAUGAUUUCGGACCACAACGAUGCUGACUUUGAGGAGAAGGUGAAACAACUGAUUGACAUCACAGGCAAGAACCAGGAUGAGUGUGUGAUUGCUCUGCAUGACUGCAACGGAGAUGUUAACAGAGCUAUCAACGUGCUGCUGGAGGGCAAUCCGGACACGCAUUCCUGGGAAAUGGUCGGGAAGAAGAAGGGUGUCUCAGGACAGAAGGAGAGUGGACAGACAGAACCCAGUGAAGAAAGCAAAGAAAACCGGGAGAGGGAUCGGGAUUUCAGCAGACGACGUGGUGGGCCACCGAGGCGGGGGCGAGGUGCCAGCCGUGGAAGAGAGUUUCGGGGCCAGGAGAAUGGACUAGACGGUGGUAAGAGUGGAGGAUCUUCUGGAAGAGGCACAGAAAGAGGGAGGCGGGGACGUGGCCGAGGCCGAGGUGGCUCUGGAAGGCGAGGGGGAAGAUUUUCAGCUCAAGGCAUGGGAACUUUCAACCCAGCUGACUAUGCCGAGCCGGCUGGCACGGAUGAGAACUACGGGAAUAGCAACAACAACACGUGGAACAACACUGGCAGCUUUGAGCCAGAUGAUGGCACAAGACUUGAUUUCAUUGGGGGUGAGGGGUCAAAUUAUCCCCGAAAAUUUGACACUGCUCCUGGUGCGUGGAGGGCAGCGACAGAAGAAUGGGGCACGGAGGACUGGAAUGAAGAUCUAUCUGAGACUAAGAUCUUCACCGCCUCCAAUGUGUCUUCAGUGCCUCUGCCUGCUGAGAAUGUGACAAUCACAGCUGGACAGAGAAUCGAUCUUGCAGUCCUGCUAGGAAAGACACCUUCUUCUAUGGAGAAUGAGUCAACAAACCUGGAGUCGUCCCAGGCUCCUUCCCUGGCCCAGCCGCUGGUGUUCAGCAAUUCCAAGCAGAGUGCUAUAUCCCAGCCUGCCUCUGGUAACUCCUUCUCUCACCACAGCAUGGUGAGCAUGCUGGGGAAAGGGUUUGGAGAUGUCGGGGAGGCCAAAGGCAGCAGUACCACAGGUUCUCAGUUCCUGGAGCAGUUCAAGACAGCCCAGGCUCUGGCUCAGCUGGCUGCUCAGCACACCCAGCCUGGUGGGAGCACCACUGCUUCUUCUUGGGACAUGGGAUCCACUACGCAGACUUCGUCUCUCGUGCAGUAUGAUCUCAAGAAUCCAACAGACUCUUCCGUGCAUAGUCCCUUCACCAAGCGUCAGGCCUUCACGUCAACUUCAACCAUGAUAGAAGUGUUCAUGCAGGAGAAACAGCCUGUGGUGACUGCCUCCACAACCGUGCCGGCACCCCCUUCCUCACCGCUGCCCAGCAAAGCCAAUCCCAUUCCCCAGAUGUCCCCAGGGUCAUCGGACAACCAGUCCUCCAGUCCCCAGCCAGCACAGCAGAAGCUGAAGCAGCAAAAGAAAAAAGCAUCAUUAACAUCAAAGAUUCCUGCGCUUGCGGUGGAAAUGCCUGGCUCAGCAGAUAUCUCAGGGCUAAACCUGCAGUUUGGGGCGUUACAGUUUGGUUCAGAGCCUGUUCUUGCGGAGUAUGAAUCGACGCCCACAACAAGUGCUGCUGUUAGCCAAUCUCAAAGCAGCCUGUACACCAGCACGGCUAGUGAAUCUUCAUCCACAAUUUCGUCCAAUCAAAGCCAGGAGUCUGGUUACCAGAGCGGCACAAUACAGACAGCAACGUUUACCUCCCAGAACAGCGCUCAGGGACCACUGUACGAACAGAGAUCCACCCAGACGAGGCGAUACCCAAAUUCAAUCUCCUCCUCGCCCCAGAAAGAUCUGACCCAGGCCAAGAAUGGUUUCAGUUCUGUACAACCCACGCCAUUACAAACCACACAGGCCGUUGAAGGUGCUACAGGCCCCGCAGUGAAAUCUGAUUCCCCCUCUGCUCCCAGUAUCACGCCUCUCAAUGAUGGGGUAUCUGCAUCGUCCUUGCUGACGACAGCCAGCCAACACUCGACAGCUCUGAGCAGCCUGAGCCACAGUGAGGAACUCCCCAGUACAACCACUGCCCAACUCAGCAGUACGUUACCCACCCAGCAGAACAGUCUGUCCUCAUCCACAUCCUCUGGGCGAACAUCAACUUCAACUCUUCUGCACACAAGUGUGGAGAGUGAAGCAAGCCUCCAUUCUUCUGCUAGCACUUUCUCCACCUCCUCCAGCACAGUGUCAGCCGCCCCACCAGUUGUAAGCGUUUCAUCCAGUCUCAGCAGUGUCAGCAGCCUGGGCCUCAGCCUCAGUAGUAACUCCACAGUGACUGCCUCGACUCGCAGCUCUGUUGCAACAACAUCAGGAAAAGCCCCUCCCAAUCUCCCUCCUGGAGUCCCACCAUUGUUGCCUAAUCCGUACAUCAUGGCUCCAGGGUUGCUACAUGCCUAUCCGCCACAGGUGUAUGGAUAUGAUGACUUGCAAAUGCUCCAGACGAGAUUCCCGUUGGAUUACUACAGCAUCCCAUUCCCUACACCCACCACCCCGCUGACUGGAAGAGAUGGCAGCCUGAGCAGCAAUCCAUACUCUGGUGACUUAACAAAAUUUGGCCGAGGUGAUGCCUCUUCCCCUGCUCCUGCAACGACUUUGGCCCAGCCUCAGCAGAGCCAGACCCAGACUCACCACACCACGCAGCAGACGUUCCUGAACCCAGCGCUGCCUCCUGGCUACAGUUACACCAGUCUGCCGUACUACACAGGGGUACCAGGGCUCCCCAGCACCUUCCAAUACGGGCCCGCCGUGUUCCCUGUUGCUCCUACCUCUUCCAAGCAGCAUGGUGUGAAUGUCAGCGUCAAUGCAUCAGCAACCCCUUUUCAGCAGCCCAGCGGCUAUGGCUCUCAUGGAUACAGCACUGGUGUAUCUGUGACAUCCAGUAAUACAGGAGUGCCGGACAUCUCGGGCUCUGUCUACUCCAAAACUCAGGUUAGUGUCUGGUGCGUGCUCCAGGAAGCCUCCUUCACCCUGCCUUCGGCACUGGGCAGCGGCGGCCCCAUCAACCCUGCAACAGCGGCAGCGUACCCCCCCACCCCUUUCAUGCACAUCCUGACCCCGCAUCAGCAGCCCCACUCGCAGAUCCUCCACCACCACCUGCAGCAGGACGGGCAG